CUUCGCACCGCUCUCGCCCUCCCGCAGAGCCGCUGGGCCACGGUGGGAGGCGGAGGUUCCCUGUCUGUCCUCCAGGCCGGCAGGAGAAGAUAUCUGAAGAAAUAGCCUGAAGAUGAACUUCUUCCUGGAAACAUUAAAAGUGAUUGUACUUCUUGUUUACUACUUACUGGAGUCACUGGUGUUCUUGGUUGUUCCUGUACGGAAGAAGAAUGUUAGUGGUGAAAUCGUAUUAAUAACAGGAGCGGGAAGUGGCAUUGGAAGACUCUUAGCGGUGAAGUUUGCCAGCCUUGGAGCCACGGUGGUCCUCUGGGACAUUAAUCAAGAGGGGCUCAAAUGCACAGUAGGACAGCUCAAGGAAAAAGGAGCAGGAAGAGUACACUCUUAUGUCUGUGACUGUAGCAAAAGACAGGAUAUCUACAGAGUAGCUGACCAGGUUAAAAAAGAAGUUGGUGAUGUCAGCAUCUUGAUCAACAAUGCUGGUAUUGUAGUUGGGAAGAGAUUUCUUGAUUCUCCAGAUUCACUUGUAGAAAAAACCAUGGAAGUGAACAUAAUGGCACACUUCUGGACUUACAAAGCCUUCCUCCCAGCAAUGAUUGCCGCCAACCACGGACACUUGGUUAGCAUAGCAAGCUGUGCAGGACUCUGUGGAACCAGUCAGGCUUCAGAUUACUGUGCAAGUAAAUUUGCAGCAGUUGGUUUUGCAGAGUCAAUUGAUAUAGAGAUGAGAAGUCUGAGAAAGACUGGUGUUAAAACCACAAUUGUGUGUCCUUAUGUCAUAAACACAGGAAUGUUUGAUGGUGUUAAAUCCAAGUGGCCACGUAUGAUUGCUAAUCUGGAUCCAGAGUAUGUGGCCGAGAGGAUAGUCAGUGCUGUUCGGCAGAACCAAGAAAUUGUGCUUAUGCCACGCAUCGCUUAUCUUUUACCUUUUUUAAAAAGCUUCCUACCAGUGAAAGCAAUAGUUCUCCUUUUAGACUACUUUGGACUCGUUGAUAUGAUGAAUACCUUCAAAGGCCGACCAAAGAAGGAGUGAAAAAGCACAAAAUUCAGAGACCAGCAGCUCUAAAGUGGGUGUUGAAGUUAGUUAAAGGUGGUGGUGGGAAAAGUUUGCUUCACUAACAGCUGUGAACUUUGGGUGCCUCAUUUCUCAAUAGUAACAAGAUUUUUAAGAGUUGCUUUUUAACUGGCUCUUAAUCAACAGCUUUCAUCUGAACUAUUGUUUUUGAAUUGUUUUCUUUUCACCUCAUUAUGAAAAUACAUUAAUUGAACUUAUUUGCAUUGGUUUAUAACACCUUAAAAGGGGUCCUGCAUCACAAACCAAUAACUGGCAACUCUGGGGGGAAGAAAAGACCAAGAAACCACAUGUAUUUAGCAGGUAUUCAGAAAAGCCUGUAGUGGAUCUGACUUCUUGCUGCCAUUCAGUGAACCAUGAGGAUGAGCUGUACUGCUGGUGCCAUUACCAUUCCCUGGUAAGCUGAGGAAUUCACAAAUUUCCUCAAACAACAGAUUGUAACUCUCACAAAUGGAAGUUUUGGGAGAUUAAAAAUACACACUGUGUUGGUGAAAAAAAACAGUUACAUUUAUUAAUUUUUGGAGGUGUGAUCUCUCAACUCACAGAUGACAAUGGAUGUUGGGACAGGGAUAGGGAAGGAUAUGUAAAUUAAGAUAAACUAAGCAUUUGUGCUGCUAAUCUACUUUGUGCCUAAUUUAUUUUAAAAGCUAAUACUAUGACUGCAACUUUGUAACAGAAGUCUUUGUAUCUUUUAAGUACAGUAUUUUAAGAACUAUUUUAAAUUGUCAUCUCCUAAGAAGAAUAAAUUUGUAUUUAUAAAGCAUGAGACUGCCAGUCUAGGUGGGCUGUUCAAUGUCUCAUCAAAAGAGACAAUGAACUACUAAAAGCAAGGGUGUUGUGUUGUAUAAUAGGGGUUUCUCUUGGGAUUGUUUCAGAAAGGAAUGAUGUUGACAGAACUGAAUGGUAUCAUUACAGCCAUCCUUUGAUGUUUUGCUUCUCUGAGUUGGGUGACAGACUGCCUUGUAUCUACAGAGACUUGGUUUACUUUCCCUUUACUCUUAGGACUGUCCAUUUAUUUUGAGCAUAUGCUGUGGAGGUGUUGUCCUUUUUGACACUGGAUGCUUAGAAAGCUACUUUGACUUUUUGUAAUCCAAAACAAGAAAAAGGAAGCUUAUGUGUACAUCACUUCUGUACAUGCUAAGUCCACUUCAUCUCACAGUUCUCUGCUAGCAAUUGAUAUAGCAAUUGGAACAGUAUGGAGAAAAGGGGGACUUUUUUAAUGGGGAGUCUUUUUUUUCUUUCAAUGAUGGCCUAGAAACUAUCUUAAUUUCCCUUGACUAUACAAAUAGUAAGGUUUAUUAGCAGAGAAAGGUUCACAUAGAGCUACUUUACUACUCUACUGAUGAGCAAGAAACACGGAGUAAAACAAGUGUGUUAAAAAUCACCUUACCUUUAUGAUGGAUUGAUGAGAGCUAGAGUUUAGAGUGAUGAAGAAAAGAUUUGUUUCAAUCUCCUUUCACAUCUUCAGCUUCUCUUCCUCAAAAUUUUUACUCAUUUUACAGUACACCUCAGGAAACAGAAGUUAACCAAGUAAAAAAGAGAUUGUCUCAAUGUGCAAUCCAUGCACACAUUGCAGUGUUCACAAAUUCUACCACUAAUGACUGUGUGGUGUAUCUGUGUCUUCAGCCUCCUCACCUUUUUAUACUAACAGAACAUACUUUUCCCUCCUGGAGCAAAGGGGAAAAGUGAGCUCUGCAUAUGAGCACUAUGAGUAUCAAACUCCAGCUCUAGUGAGAGCAAGUAGCUUUUCAUUUUUAGUGUCUUUGUGAACACCUUCUGUUGAGGAAAAUUAGAAGCAGUAAGUCUGGCAGUAGGAUUUGGGGAUUUUCAGCAGGUUCAUGUUUGCCAAAGCCCUAGGAGAAUUUUACCUGAAAAUCUGUGCCAGAUAAAUACAUCUCCAUGGAAUUUUCCCACAGAAUCAGUGGAAAGGACCUGUGCUCAAUUAAGUUUUGUGUAUCUCUAAGGUUGGAAACUCUACAAUCUCUCUGGGUAACCUGUUCUAGUGUUUUUUCACACUCUGUUUAAAAACAGAUAAAUGAAAAUUAUGUGUAAAUUCAAUGUACUUUAUUUCAUGUCCUUUCAGAGGAUACCACUAAGAGUCUGAGUUUGCAUUUCACACCUUCCUUUUAGGUACUUAUACACAUUGGGGCUCAACCUUUUCUCAAGACUAAGCAGUCCCAGAAAUCUCACCCCCUCCUUGUAUGGCAGGUGCUCCAGUAUCUUAGUUAUCUUUGCAGCCCUUCACUGGGCUCACUGCGUAUAUGCAAGAACUAGUUAUGAGCAUAUUCAUAUCUCUUAGAGACCAAUUUCUGUACUAGACUGAGCAUGCAUAAUAUGUCAUACAGAGCUUCAGUAGAAAAUCUCUGCCUGCUAGCUGUCCUAGUAGGAGUACACAAAUAAUGGCUUUUACAUAAAUGUGCUGCUACCACAUUAAAUAUUGUGGUCACUGGUAAAUUAGAUCAGGUACCUGGAGGAUAACAGCCUGUCCUGUGGUGGUUUUUAUCUCCUGUGAUGGCAUGACAGAUGUGGAGUUGUAUCCUGGAGGUCAAACAGCACACAUCCUUCCCCUGUGUUCAGGAGAUUGCUUAGAGUGAGUGUUUGGAUCUUCUUGUAUCUGAGAUAUAAAUGUCUUAAGAUAAAAGGUGGCUUACUUCCAGCAUAACAAUGAUCUUGACUGAUUACUUUCCUAAUGCCAAAAAAGAGUCUUUCCUUCUGCUCUCAACAAGAAAACUCAUGGAAGGAUCACUGUGACAGCCAAACAAGAAGAUAAAACUUAAAAAGGAGGAGCAUUUCAUUUGUGACAGCAUAAUGUCUGACUGCUGGACAAUAUAUCAGGCAGCUCCCACAAAAGAAUUGUUGGUUUCAUGGCCACUGCCUGAAAUUUUAAAUAGUCUCUCCCAAAAAAUGACUGUCCCAAAUUUGACUGGGAUGGCUGCAUUAGCCUAAUAACAAUAGUUAUAGUGAUCCAAAAGCAAUCCAUAGUAUUUUAUGGCCUGCUAUAUUUCUUUUUCAUGUGGGAUCAUAUUCCUGUGGUAGCAGAAAUCAUGCUGUCCCCUAAUGCUUCAAAAUACGGAGAACAUAGUGCCAAGAAAAAUUAACUUGAUUAAAUCCUCUGAACAAGAUUGAGAAGGAAGGCAAACAAAAAACCAGCAGCUGAGAUACAAGCUCCAUUAUUAUUUUAUGAAUUUGGAAUUCAUUCCCAGGAGCUGUGUGCACCUGCCUGGAAUCUGGUGUUCAUGGUGGUCUGUUGUCAUUUUAGGAAGGAGCCAAGCAGGUACCUCUUCUCUGGUAACUUUGUUCGGUUGUUCUUCCAAAGACACCAGUGUGCUCUGCAUAGUUUGCUGAGCAGCUGUUCAAAGCCAUAGGCUUUGUAAAAUAAGCAUUUCAGCAAAAUAACUUGGCUUCUCUCACUGACUUUUUCUUUGCUGUGGCAAUCAAGAGAAAUUAUUUUGGAUCC